GUGAUCCACCUCUACGCGCACACAGGCCUAUUUCCCGGCGGAAGGAUUCACACGCGCGGCGUGGGGAGGGUUUAAAGGAGGAAGGAAGCCAUUUUGGACCUUCGACUAAGGAAAAACGCGAGGCUAGAAAAUAUACAUUACAUAUGUCCAAGAGUGGUAAUACGAUAUAUUUACGCAGAUAAAAACAGCAUUAAGAGACGAAAGAAGAAAAGAAUACGGCGGCGUCGACGAUUUGGAAGAACGCUCCGCAGGGUUGCAAUCGUUGAACAAAAGUGAAUUUCAUCCAUGUCCGAGGGCUUUUUUUAUAAAGUUGAUUUGGUGCAUCAGAACAAGUGAUUUCAUAGUUCAAAGACUUUAAGAAGAACAAGCACUUGUUUUAAGUUGCAUUAAGGACUCAUUUAUUGAGCAAGACAUUAUCUCUUCAUUUGAAGAGUCCUAUAAACUAUUAGUCUCUGUACUGACUUUCAGAGCUUGUGAAGCUGAAAGAAACUUACUAAGGGACACUAUUAAAAAUACAAAACAAAAUGAGCACCACGAGAACAGAGAACCCUGUUUUAAUGGGUCUGUCCAGUCAGAAUGGGCAGUUGAGGGGCCCAGUAAAACAAAGUCAAGGGCCUGGAAAUGGGGGAACACCCACACUGCAAAUAAACCAGCUGAAAAAUGCCAGCACAAUCAAUAAUGGAAGUCAGCAGCAAGCACAGAGUAUGGGCAGUGGUAUUAAACCUGGUGACGACUGGAAGAAGACGUUAAAACUCCCUCCAAAAGAUCUUCGAAUCAAGACUUCGGAUGUCACCUCCACAAAAGGCAAUGAGUUUGAAGAUUACUGCUUAAAAAGAGAGCUGCUCAUGGGGAUUUUUGAAAUGGGAUGGGAAAAACCAUCACCAAUCCAGGAGGAGAGCAUUCCUAUUGCUUUGUCUGGUAGGGAUAUCCUGGCUAGAGCUAAGAAUGGAACUGGCAAGAGUGGAGCCUACCUCAUUCCCUUACUUGAACGGCUGGACCUAAAGAAGGACUGCAUACAAGCAAUGGUGAUUGUACCGACUCGAGAGCUUGCACUUCAGGUCAGUCAGAUCUGUAUCCAAGUUAGCAAGCACCUUGGAGGGGUAAAGGUCAUGGCAACAACUGGAGGCACCAACCUAAGAGAUGAUAUAAUGAGACUGGAUGAUACAGUUCAUGUGGUAAUAGCAACUCCAGGGAGGAUUCUGGAUCUCAUCAAAAAAGGCGUAGCUAAAGUAGACCAUAUUCAGAUGAUAGUUUUAGAUGAGGCUGACAAACUGCUUUCUCAAGAUUUUGUACAGAUAAUGGAGGAUAUUAUUUCUACGCUACCUAAAAACAGACAGAUUCUCCUUUAUUCAGCCACUUUUCCUCUAAGUGUACAGAAAUUCAUGUCCUCCCACUUGCAAAAACCAUAUGAGAUCAACCUGAUGGAAGAGCUUACAUUGAAGGGAGUUACACAGUACUAUGCCUAUGUUACGGAAAGGCAAAAGGUUCACUGCCUUAACACGCUUUUUUCAAGGCUUCAGAUAAACCAGUCAAUAAUUUUCUGCAACUCAUCUCAGCGGGUAGAGCUAUUGGCCAAGAAAAUAUCUCAGCUGGGAUAUUCGUGCUUCUAUAUACAUGCAAAGAUGAGACAGGAGCACAGGAAUAGAGUUUUCCACGAUUUCAGAAAUGGCUUAUGCCGAAACCUUGUUUGCACUGAUUUGUUUACCCGUGGUAUUGAUAUUCAAGCUGUGAAUGUGGUGAUAAACUUUGACUUUCCAAAGUUGGCAGAGACCUAUCUACAUCGCAUAGGCAGAUCAGGUCGUUUUGGUCAUCUUGGGCUUGCCAUCAACCUGAUCACCUAUGAUGACAGAUUUAACCUUAAAAGUAUUGAAGAGCAGCUGGGAACAGAGAUCAAGCCCAUACCCAGCAGUAUCGACAAAAGCCUAUAUGUGGCAGAGUAUCACAGCGAGUCUGGAGAGGAAAAACGUUAAUCUGCAAGCAUGGUCUGGCCCCAAGAAGAUGAGGAUCCCAACAUGCAUAAUUUUCUUGUUGAGGGCUUCUCCCCCAUUUCAUGGCUUUUUUCCUAUCUCCUGCCUUCCAGAACACUUACCAGCAGUUUUGAGCCUGAUUUAUUAUUUUUUUUUCCCUCAGACAUUUUAAAUGACCCCAUUGUUUGCACUGUGUGCUCAUAAGAUUAAUGUAGUUGCACUUAAUUGUUUUCUCAUUCUGUUCAUUUGGGAGAGGGAGUGCAUAGUAGAAAAACCCUCUGGCCACUUUUCUGCUUGAGGACCCUUGCACUAUUAUUGCUUCUAAUGGUUUGUUUUCACCCAAGUCAGCAAUGUGAUACUUGGUUUAGAAAGUCCCUUCAGUUGGAAAGUUGCAGACAGUUAACCAGUUUGUCAUUACUCCUGUACACCUUCUUGUGGCAGUUUAGAGUUCAUGUUUUAAUGAUAUUCCAUAAGCAAACUUUUACUUGUGCAAAGUGCCUUAUGUAUAAGACCUGUCAUGCAGCCCCUUAUAAGACGAACACGAUAUUAAUUUCCUCAAUUUAUUUCUUAACCAUAUGUGGAAUUUGCAAAUCAUGAACUACUACUAGCUGUAAAACUGUUCCAUGCAUACUUUCAUCUGAAAAAAAAAUCAAAAGCUUGCUUCAGGGGUCCCAAUGAUUUGUAAAUAUGUACACCUGUAAUUACACGAGCAAAAAAAAUGAGAGCCUGAGUCAGAAAACAAUUUAGGGAGUAAAAACUCAUAUUUUUCCAUUCUCUCCACCUUAUGGCAGUUGCUACUUUGAUUUUUGUUCUUUUUUGAACACUAAAUGUGUAAUUUUUAUUAACCUGCAAGCAACAUUUGUGUUCAGAUAAAUACAGAUCCAUACUCCUCUCUUACAAGAUGUCCCUUGCAUGAGGGGGAAAUUCUGUUGGAUUUGAUGUGUAUACUUGUACAAAACUGUAAAUAUAUAUAUAUACAUUUUUUUUUUAUGGGGGAGGUAUAACUUUUAGUUUUGUCAUUGAUGGUUUACUGAAGGUUUCUUUAUAAAUUAGGACUUCAUCUAAAUUCGAGAGGCUCAUUCCUGCAGCGUUGUUGAGAAAUUUGUGAUGGCAUGUUAUUUCCCCCCCCCCCGAGUUACAAAACCUUUUUGGACUGUCUGGAAAUGGGAUUUCCUCCAUAAUUCUUAAAACUGACUUUUGCUCCAUCGUACAAAUUCUGGAUUAUUCUCAGUGAAAUGCCUUUUCUUUGACUUAAAGAAUGAGCCUCAUAUCCUAAACGUUAAAAGUAACCAUCAUUUAAGUUUUUGUCCCUUACCUCACCACCUGGAUUGCGCAGCUGUAAUAUAUCCUUUUUGUUCUAAGGUUUAUACUAGAACUUGUUCUAGAAUGUUUGGUUCUGCACAUCCAGGUGCCCCUCGGAAGCACAGGAAUUGGCAACUGCUGUGUAAUUUUCACAAAACCCAAAAACGUAGGUUGCAAGCAGACAUAAUUGGCAAAAAGUCAUUAAUGGGGUUAGUUUAAAUUAGACUUGCAGCUGUUCUGCUACUGAAAUCUUUCCUGUGCUUUUCAUUUAUUGGGAUCAUGGUGCAAUAAAUGACCUUCCUUUGCCCAGUUAUCCUGUUGAAGCUGCACCUAUCAUCGUGCAGUGUUUUACUGCAACUCCAAGUGGCAGUGUUGCUGGUGCUAAAGCUAUGAUCCACCCGUGAGUUUAUUCUUUUUCCCCACCACUAAAUUUUAAACCUCUAUAUAUACACAGGAGGUUCUGUGCUCAGUUUAUAUUGCACAAGGAGUUUACACACUGAGCACCCUAGGAAUAUAAUGGCGGCAAGUUUCAAGCUGCCUUUGCUUAGGUGCUGUCUAGGUAUUCUAUGUUGAAGAGCAU